AAGAAUCUGUUGGUACGAGGGACUACAAAACUCUGUUUUGAUCUGUGCGCGCCACUACUGGUCGGUUUGGGCGACGAUGGAAGAGAAAGUGGAAGACGAUGAUGAGUCGAAUUUAGAUGAUUUGACGACUCUAUCCCACCACUUAUUCGGAAACUCCAGUAAUUGUGAUGAUGCCCAUUCUUUCUCCAUCAGCAUUAUCGAGAAUAUAAGAAAAGACGGCGAGUAUGGGAUGUUCGUAUGGCCAUGUAGUAUUGUUUUGGCGGAGUAUGUCUGGCAACACAGAUCCCGCUUUUUGGGUUCUACCGUUGUUGAGCUUGGAGCUGGAACUUCAUUGCCGGGAUUAGUUGCUGCAAAACUGGGUUCAAAUGUCACUUUAACUGAUGACCUCAGCAGACCUCAGGUGCUGGCUAACAUGGGAAAAGUAUCUCGCCUCAAUAAUCUUAAGUGCGAGGUGGUAGGACUCACGUGGGGCCUUUGGGAUCAUCCUCUCUUCAACUUACAUCCAAAUAUAAUUCUCGGGGCUGAUGUAUUGUAUGACACAUGCGCGUUUGAUGAUCUUUUUGCCACUGUGACUUUUCUCCUUCAAAACUCUCCUGGAUCAGUUUUUAUAACAUCCUAUCACAAUAGAAGUGGACAUCAUUUUAUUGAGUUUUUGAUGGUGAAGUGGGGGUUAAAAUGUGCAAAACUUCUUGACGGGUUUUCAUUCAUGCCAUCAUCCAAGACACCUGCAUUAAGUGGAAACAUUCAGUUGGCUGAGAUUAUUUUAGGUGAAAGCUGAGUUUACUAAUAUCUUAUGUAAUAUAUGUAGCAGCCAUAAUUGCUUAAACCAAAUCCGUUUAUUGAGGUUAAGAUGCUAUACUUCUUAGCAACAUGUAAGGGCUAACCAUGUAUGAUAGUUUGUUGGUCACUGGCAAAACACGGGAAUUGUAGAAAAUCUAUAGGACAUCUCAAACCAGACUGGUAGUUGUUAUGCAUAACAUUUAAUCGGUCCAUUCUUAUACAUUUGGCAAAAUUUGUAUUGAA